CCUUGUCAUGCAUUUAACAGCUCCUCAUUGGUUCUGGAUCUACCCAGCAGCGCCGUUACCCUUCACUAUCUGAUCCCCGGUCAGGUAAAACCGGAUGGGACUUUCUUUCUAGGCGGGGCUUAAACUUUAGGGACUUUGUUCGAAAAACUGCAUCCAACAAUUUUUUUUUCACAGUUGAAGCAGCGACUCUCAAGGAUCGUAACUUUCAGGAACAACGGGAAAGCGUCUGUGCACAAUAACCAGCCAGCGUGAUGGGCUUGUUCAAGUUUAUAUGUGCGAUUAUUACUAGAGCGUUAUUUAUCCUCGUCUCUCUGGCCGGGGUCUGGAGGGUGACGUGGGUGAAGAAAGAUCACAAUUACUGGUUCCUGACUUUCCUCUUUCUGCCGCUUGUUGUUGAAAUGAUAAUAACACUGAAGAGCCGAAAGGGACAAGAUUACAAAUGGUUUUCUCCUCCUAUCUUUCUGUUUCUCAUCAGUAUCAUUCCCUCCAUCUGGCUCUUGGAGCUCCACCACCAGCAGAACAAAGCCAGCGACCCUCAGUGCAAAAAGCUCGACUCUUGGGAGAAUGUGCGUAGAGUGAUUACUCUGAACGAGACCCUGGGAAACAUCACCACAUACCAGAACUACCUGAAGCCCUGCAGUUGCCUGACCUUCCUCGCCCACUCACUCACCUGCGUUCGUUACCACGAACCUCAUGCCUAUAACUCCAAGCCGGACCCCGCACCUGAACCUGCCUGCCUACCUGCAUACUUGCCUAAUAUUAACGAGGCGUUAUCAGCUGUCUGUUCCAAUGACUGGAUCCUGGCUCUUCAUCAGAUCCUGCUCAUCCUCCUCAUCGUGGGGAAGUGGCUUCUCCCCGUGGGAGGUGGAGUCACGCGGGAUGAGCUCUCGCAGCUUCUCCUAAUUUUUGUUGGCACUGCGGCAGACAUUCUCGAAUUUACCAGUGAGACGCUGUCAGAUGUCAAAGAGAACAGCCCUGAGCUGGUUUACAUAAUCUUAGCUGUAUGGACUUGGAGCAUGUUGCAGUUCCCUCUACAUCUGGCCGUGGUGAACUCCAAGCCAGACAGUGAGGGUGAGCAGGGGGUCCAGGAGGUGUCCCUCUUGACUAAACACAGCACGGACAUGUGGAGCACGGUGGAGGCCUUGUUUAUCCAGGAUGGGCCUUUCCUGGUGGUCAGGCUCACUGUCAUGACCUACUUCGACGUCUUCCACCAGAUGCUGGUUUUCUUCGCCAUCAAGAACUUUCUUGUGGUCAUACUGAGCUUGUACAGGUUGAUCGUUAUAUGCCAGGACUUCAAACCCUCCAGCAGUAGAACCGGCAGGGGCAGCGCUGUCCCAUGUACUUUAUGAGCACAGGGGGGAGAGGAGAAUUGGGGAGAUGGAGAGAUGUUACACCCAAAGUUUUACAGUUACAGCAGAUUGGUAAAAACUACAAUUGGAGCAGGAAAAGAAGGAAAUGCUUGUUUUCUUCUCACAAUGUACUUAACUCUGUGGAAUCAAUUGGAUGUGAAUAAUAAACACUGUUGGGGGCAGAAAACAGUGAGCAAACAUUUUCUUAUAAUUGCAAGGGGAUGAGUUGGCAAGUUCACAUUCCACAAUCCAACACAUUUCAAAGCUCAUACUUCACCUCAUCGACAUUUCAGCCCCUAUGGAGCUUACCUUGGUCAACUCAGUUAAAACGGCGCCAUUUAUUCAGUAGUUAAAUGUGACUAUUUGCGCAUGGACAUGCUGGGCUAAAAACCUGUUUUAAAGAGGCCUUAUUGUUCAGCUGAAAAAGUGUAGUUUGACUGAUUAACUGAUAUGACAUUAUAAUAAAAUAAGUUACGUGCCAAGCAGGCUUUGUUUGUUUUUCUUUCCUGCUUUGUCUCUCCCUCCCCUCCCCUGUGUUUUCUUCCAUGUCCUCUACAGGCAUUAACAAGGUGAUUGGCUUGCAUCUGUGCCAUCCAGCCUUGCUGCUUAUUGGGCAACCAAUUCUGAAGCUGGUCAAUUGUUAUGCCAUGCCAACUAUAAAAGAAGCCUGCCAGAAGAGUUCAGGGGCAGACUCUUCAAUGUUGUUUGUGACUGGAUUGUGUAGGAGCAAACUUGGAAAAAUUAGAGGUCUAUGGAAAGAGGUUGGAUGUUAGGUAAGUUUGGGGUAUCCUAUACAUUUUUCACUCAUGUAGUUCAGUCUGUCUAGAAACACUAGGUUUAGUGGUUGGUGCCACCUCUGUAAGUCUUUAGUUCUUGUUGUAGAUAUGAUAGUUGAGCCUUUUUGUUUGUACAUUUGUUUCUAGAGGUACCUUAGCUAAGGCUGGUUUUGUUGUAUCUCACCUCAUUUUGUUUGGCACAACCUACCCUGUCCAAUCCUCUCAAGUACUUUGAGAACCUUUUGUAGUAUGUUAAUGGCAUUUUAUUGGAAAUAAAUAACUUUGUCACUGCCA